AUUACGGAUCUUCGGAGGUCCUCAUUUAUUUUGAAUUUCGUAGAUCGAUUCCUGUAGCACACACAUAUGCCUUACACAUGUUUAGAAGAGGGCCGUAAACAAACGUGGGAAGAUCAUUUGCGCGGAAAAUCGCUGCCGACCCGUAGCGAUGAGCGCGCAAGCAUAUAUAGAAAUGGGGAUGCUGCAGAGCUGUCAACGGUGAAGGCCAUCGAGAGUGAGAGUGAGAGAGGGAGGGAACGGAAGCCAACAGGAUACCGUCUUAGUCUUACUAUUCACCAUGGAAGGCUGCUGUCUUGUAAGGAAGCUUUCGUUUUAUAUCUCCCUGACAGAUCACUGACAUCGAGUCAAAUUGUUGCAGGCCAAGCAGGAGUCCCCGCUUUCUUGUUCUCCAUGGAGCACAUGGUUCUCCACAGCAGGAGUUCGAAUUUGAUGCUUCUUUUUACUUUCGUUUCGGCGCACAGCGCUUAUUCUUUUCUCUUCCACAGAAGAACCCCGGAUUUCGCACGGAGAACUGAUGGCGAAUAUGAUGAAUCUGGCGAAUCUGAUAGCUAGUGCCUCCAUCCAUGGUCAGGCCCUGAAAUUGCCUAAAGUCCGCCGCAGGAAGGUCGAUGAUUGGGGAAUGGCUGUUUCGAAGCAGCAUGACCAUUGGGGAGGACUUUGAACUUGAAUUCGCUGGGCAGAGCAAGUGCAUGAGCAGAAACCGACCUUCAUGGUAGACUAUGCGAGAGAGAGAGGCAGGGGCUGGGGAAAACAUUCGGAUUGGC